GGGCGUUCAUGAGCAUGCAUCGAGCCCCAUGUCUGGAGGUGGAACUGGCGGUGGACCCACACCACCUCACAUGCCUCCUUCCCAGUCAGGCCCAAUGAUGCCAAUGGAUCUUCAAGGAGCCAUGUCCGGUAUGGGUCAGCAAGGUCGGGGACCUUCUGCUUUCAGUCCUGUCCAGCUGCAGCAGCUCAGAGCCCAAAUCCUAGCUUAUAAGAUCCUGGGUCGUGGCCAGCCACUACCUGAGAAUCUCCAGCUGGCUGUUCAGGGCAAGAGAAGCCUGCCCACAAUGCAACAGCAGCAACAAAUGCAACAUCAGCAGACACCAGGAUCAAGCCCUUACAACAGGCCUCCAGGAAUGCCAGUGGCACCGAUGGGUGGCCCUCAGUCAAGUCCAUGCCCCACUCCAUCCAUGCAAGGACACAACCAGAGUUCAGCAGCCAAGCCUUGGCCUGAUGGACAAGGUGCUGAAAAUCAAGGCAAUCCUCCAAAGCAUCUCACCCCUAGUGCUAGUGGACGCCCUUCACCUGCUCCUCCUCAGUCCUCUGCAGUGCCAGCUGGGCCCAUGCCAGGCAGUUCAGUCACCCCCAACCUCCAGGGCAGCAGGUCUCCCCCAUGCUUCAGAUGCAGCAGAAGCAAAACCGUGUUACACCAAUUCAAAAACCUCAGGGUCUAGAUCCAGUGGGAUUGCUGCAAGAGAGGGA